UCCACAAAUCCGCGAACGUAAACAAAACUUGUCGUCUAGAAGAAACGGCAUGAAAUCUCAAAUUUCCAACAGAAGAAGGAAGAAUAAGAACGAAAGUUGAUGGCGAUUAUUGAUGUGACUGAAUGUGAGACCAGCACCCGACAGCCGAAUGUUAAAAUCAGCUAGAGUUAGGAAAUGGCAUCAGUCCCACCUCCGCGCAAAAAAGCUCGGGUUCAGGAGGAGGCUGGUGCACCCUUGCCCGUCCCUGUUGCAGCACUGACUGGAUUGCCAGCCACGUCAGGUGGCUGGUCUUACUACAGUGCGGUUUACAAAAAUGGGAUAAUUGAAGUGACAGAUACUCAGCAUGCUCUUGCUCUGUGGCAUAAUGGAUACUAUGGCUACGACAGAAUUGAACCAAGUGACUUUGAAGACACAAGAAAUAUCAAUAGGUUUCAUCGCAAAAAGUGUUGGAAACUACUGUGUACAGAUGAUUUGCAACCAAGAUCCUUCUUCACAAGUCCACAAGUGGAAGACAGUGCCCAGAAAACUUCGGGGAAUAAGACAGAUGCACAGAUUGAAAACCAUAAAGAUAAUGAAAAAUCAGAGGAGGAGAGUAAUUGUAUGUCACAGA